AUGCAAUUCAACAUUUUUAAACACCUCCUUGACCUCCCAGGUGCUCGGGGACUGUCCAGUUUAUCUAACUCUGGCCAAGGGUACCGCGUCACAGAUACAUUCGUCGUGGACAACAGACUGCCACUAGCCAAGGUUCUGGAAAUCCUGGAGGGAAUUAAGAGGGGGAACCCAGCAGUGGAGCCAAUAGCGGGGGACAUACUCAAAAUAGCCGAGGCUCUGCGAAAAAUGCAGGGAGGCAGGGAGAAAACCCCAGUAGUGGAACCAAUAGCGGGGGACAAACUCAAACUAGCCAAGGCUCUAAGACCAAUAGCGGGUAAUGGUCGACUAUGGGAAACCCCGAUCCCUUUACGCAUUUGA